AUGGUCGCAGAUGCGGAAUAUUCUACUUAUGGGACGGCAGGCCAACGCGCUCGUGGUGGCGGAAAGCGCAACGGCGGCAGGGCUGCCGCGGCCAAGGGCGGUCCCUUGGGCAGGCAGUCGCAGGAUGCGGAUGGGGGCGACGAGGGGGAUCAUGCCGAGCCGGUCACUACCCGUGGUGGUGGAAAGCGCAACGGCGGCAGGGCUGCCGCGGCUAAGGCCGAUCCCUCGGGCAGGCCGGCGCAAUAUGCGGAUGGAGGCGACGAGGGGGAUCAUGCCGAGCCGGAAGCUCGUGGUGGCGGAAAGCGCAACGGCGGCAGGGCUGCCGCGGCCAAAGGCGGUCCCUCGGGCUUGCAGGAUGCGGAUGGGGGCGACGAGGGGGAUCAUGUUGAGCCGGUCACUACCUGUGGUGGCGGAAAGCGCAACGGCGGCAGGGCUGCCGCGGCUAAGGCUGAUCCCUCGGGCAGGCCGGCGCAGGAUGCGGAUGGAGGCGACGAUGGGGAUCAUGCCGAGCCGGAUCAUGCCGAGCCGGAAGCUCGUGGUGGCGGAAAGCGCACCGGCGGCAGGGCUGCCGCGACCAAGGGCGGUCCCUCGGGCUCGCAGGAUGCGGAUGGUGGCGACGAGAAGGAUCAUCCCGAGCCAGAAGCUCGUGGUGGCGGCAUGCGCAACGGUGGCAGGGCUGCCGCGGCUAAGGGCCGUCCCUCGGGCAGGCAGUCGCAGGAUGCGGAUGGUGGCGACGAGAAGGAUCAUGCUGAGCCGGAAGCUCGUGGUGGCGGCAUGCGCAAUGGCGGCAGGGCUGCCGCGGCUAAGGCCGAUCCCUCGGGCAGGCCGUCGCAAGAUGCGGAUGGAGGCGACGAGGGGGAUCAUGCCGAGCCGGAAGCUCGUGGUGGCGGCAUGCGCAACGGCGGCAAGGCUGCCGCGGCUAAGGGCGGUCCCUCGGGCAGGCAGUCGCAGGAUGCGGAUGGUGGCGACGAGAAGGAUCAUGCCGAGCCGGAAGCUCGUGGUGGCGGCAUGCGCAAUGGCGGCAGGGCUGCCGCGGCUAAGGCCGAUCCGUCGGGCAGGCCGUCGCAAGAUGCGGAUGGAGGCGACGAGGGGGAUCAUGCCGAGCCGGAAGCUCGUGGUGGCGGCAUGCGCAACGGCGUUAGGGCUGCCGCGGCCAAGGGCGGUCCCUCGGGCUCGCAGGAUGCGGAUGGUGGCGACGAGAAGGAUCAUGGUGGCUUCAAGUGGGGCGACCGUGGCCUGUAUGUUCACGAGUCAGGAUUUGAGGCGUUCAAGGGGACGGCCGCGCCUGACGAGGAGAAGAAGGACUUGAAGGAGGAAGAGUAG